CUUGAUCUUCGAUCGCGAGCAUUCGGACCACAACAGGAACCGGAAACUAAUUCGCCCAACGCUCUAACCGUAGUCUUAAACUAUUCUUUUGUUUGCCUUGUUUACCCAUGGCAACGACAUUCCGCAAACCACCAACCGCAGCACCGUCAAAACGUGUCCCCAAACCAAGCAGCGACCUUACUCCAGAUCAGAAACAAGAGAUUCGGGAAGCAUUUGAUCUAUUCGACACAGAUGGGAGUGGGACGAUUGACACAAAGGAGCUCAAAGUUGCAAUGCGAGCAUUGGGAUUUGAACCCAAAAAGGACGAGUUGAAGAGGAUGAUUGCAGAAGUAGAUCGAACUGGUAGCGGUUCGAUUGAUUUCAACGACUUUCUGGAGUUGAUGACGGCAAAGAUGGCCGAAAAGGACACUCGAGAAGAAAUCAUAAAAGCCUUCCGUCUUUUUGAUGACGAUGAGACGGGCAAAAUUUCUUUUAAGAAUCUGAAGCGAGUCGCAAAGGAACUGGGCGAAAAUCUAACAGACGAGGAGCUUCAAGAAAUGAUCGAUGAAGCAGACCGAGAUGGUGAUGGCGAAAUUAAUCAAGAAGAGUUUUUGAGAAUUAUGAAGAAAACGAAUCUAUACUAGCUUGUUUGUAAAUAAAUUUGACCCCGUGAAUAACCUAAGAAGUAGCCCGUACAUAUGCGCCUGGAUCUACGCCCAAGCUGCCGCAAACCCAUUAUUUGGGAAAGGAGAGCUUUUAGUUCGUUCCGCCCGACCAAUUACAUUCUGCAUUUUCCUUCCAAACACUUCCAUCUGCGUAUUCCUCUCUUUUCCAGAUUGGUACUUUUCGUUUGAGUUCGUCAAUGAUCCACGA